AUGAGGCAACAAGGAGACAUUACCGACCCGCCAGUGGCCAAGACAACUAAUGUGCCUGUUACUACGACAUACGCGACGGCGCGAUCCCAUUCUCCCGAUUUCACGAGCCCGUCACAGAGCAUCUUCUGUUCAACAUGUCUCAAGAAUCAACACCUGUUUACCAGCUCCCUGGCGCAAUAUCUUCCCGACGACCCUGAUCACCCCGACUAUGCCGAAUUGGAACGGAAUAUGUACAAGUUUCGGCGGCGGCUGGAACAGAGAUACCCUCAGAUAUGCGCCCAGUGCGAGCCCAAGGUUCAAGCCCAGCUUGACCAUGCUGGAUACACGGCCAGGACCGACCACCUGCGGCGCAUGAUGGAUAGGAGCAGGAAGAACCGAGUUGCACCUAAGCUGCUAACGCCGUUGGACGUUGCGGCCAAGGUUGGGAAAUGGCUUUGGCUCGGAGGAAUCGCGUGCCAAUACAUGUGGCACGUUGCCUCCCUGGCAAUUGUCUUUGGGCGGCAUAUGGACGAAGGUCCGAUGCGAGACCCCGAUGCCGAAUCAACCAUCGCCCAGAGGCUCUCUAUUGCGUUGACACUACUCCUUCCCAGCCCGGAGCGGCUGAUACACUGGAGCUUGUGGGCGAAUGUCAUCAGCGUCUGGUGGAAUCCCAAGUUCGUCCAGGUAUUCCGGGGCUUCUCCCGGCAUAUCAUUGGGCUCUCGCACUGGUACACCUUCCAGGGACUCAUCUUGUUUACGAGGUUCUUGGCCAUGAGAAUGACAGAACUGAAGGGGGGUCACGCGGCUAAAGACAGCGCCCAGAUGAGCCUCCACGGCUUGAUGGCGGCUCUCAUGCUGACGAUAUAUGUCCUUGCACAACGAUCCGUCCGCAUCGAUACGACACCGCUUUUCCAGACCACCAGCACGCCUGUGGCAUCACCGCCAAGGCCACAACAAAAAUUACAGCUCCGUGGGGAUGACAACAAGAACAUGGCAAACCUUUUGGAUGAUAUAUUGGCUGAGUCCGGACCUGCGCCAGCAAUCCCCCCAAGCCCAACCAGUGUUGGCUCUGGUUCACCGGCACUCUUCCAGAGAGAAUUGCAGCAUCGAACAAGCGCCCGUAACAUAGGCUUAGGCACGCCACAGAAGCCACCUCAGUCGGAAUACGCGGAGGAGAUGGACUGGUCGCCGACGCAAUCGAAGCACCGCGCCUUCAACGAUUUCGGGCCUCCCAAAGCACCGAACCAGGUAUUCGGUCAGCCUGAUCCGGGUCCGAAUUCCAGUCCGUUCUGGUACAAGGUGCCCCCAGCGCCCGUCACGCCAGCGCAAAGGCUCCGCAACGGCCCUAAGAUUCUCGCGAAACCGGUCGAGAAGAAGUCCAUCUUCUCCAUCGGCAGCCCGAACGCAUCCGGAAGAAAUGCGCCGACCAAUGACGAAAACGGGGGCGCGAGCAAGGUGGCAUUUGCGGAACCCAAGUUCUUCGCACCAUCGACGUCCAACCCCAGCGACCCACGCAGCACGUUGGCGGACCUGCUCAACACGAGCUUUACGCUGAGUCAGGACGAGCCCGAAGAUGGAGAGGAGGGUGAAACAGGAAACCACAAGGCCGGGCCUGCCAGCGCCGGGCCCUUGGCGAGAACGGGCGGUCUGCGCAACAACAGGCUGCUGGACGUGUUCACCUUGGCGAUCGUCCUCGGCGCGUGGCUCCACGCGACUUCGGCGUCAUACCCGUACAGUCGGGACGUGAUGUUUGGUGCCAUGGUUCUUAGCAUGGCCAUUGCCACACACCUCACGGGCGACGCCAUCAAGGACAUGCGCAACGAGAGGACAGCCAGUUGGGCAUCCAUUGUCAACACUUCGCUAGGCAUUGGCGAGGUGGCGGUGGCAUGUCACUUUGCGCUCCAGAUUUGGGGCAACCGCACGCCAACAUCGAGCGUGCAGGGCGCCUCUGUCAUUGGCGCGAUGCUUGCGCACGAGAUGUGGAAUGCCGCUUGUUAA